UACAAUAUAAUCAGAUCCUCUCAGAGUCAAGCCCCUUUCCUUACUGAAGGCAGCCUGGAGUUGCUCUGCUUGUGUGUGUGUGUGAGAGAGAGAGACAGACUGAUUGUGAUUUUCCUGUGCAGUGCUGCUGUCUCCAUUCUGAGCCCAGCCAGGAGGGGAUAGAGAGCUCUCUGCACUAGAGUGGAGUUUGCCAUUUGCUGUGGGCAUUUCUCCGCGGGCAGGGAGUCUUUGGGAGAAGAUGCUUUGGAGGGGCUGGAUCCUCUGAAGCCCCAUUACUUUUCUCUACUGGGUUUUGGUUUUGGCUGGAGGGGUUCUGCAGCCUUUCCAGCCCAGCUCUUGCCUUUCACGCUAUUGAACUAGGACUCCUCUGAUUUUUUUUUUUUUCUGGACAGUUUUUUUUCCCUCUCCUACCCCCCAGUUGAUUGUGAAAUUCAGUUUGGAUGGGCUUGAACCUUCUGCACCUUUUGGAUUCUGUUGCCUGAGUGAGGAUCUCACCCCGUCUCUCAGCCGCUUGUUAUUAUUCAUAAUUCUUUUUGCUCCUUUCCUACCUGUUGGCUGGUGGCGGAGGAAGUUUCUGCACUUCUGGGUUUGCGAGGAUUUUGCCCUUCUCAGUCCCUCUGGAUUCCCUGCACUGUUGGGGAUGAGGAUGUUAUAAACUUCUAGAGGGGGCAGAUAUUUUUUUCUCCCCCUUGAUUUCCCUAUUUGGAGAGGAUACAGAUCUGAGGUGUUGAGCUCGACUUGCUCCUUGUUUUUUCCCCCCUUUCUCUGUGGCGAUUGAGGGAAGAUCCCAGUUCUUUUUAGUAGCUGAUUUGCUGGGGCAAUCUGAAAUUUCUGUCCUCGGAGAGUGAUCUGUAUCGAUCUGCUGGCUUCCCCCAGAGUUUCUAGCCAAGGACCUUAUGGGAUUUUCCUUCAAUCUACUUCAUGUUCUAGGGUUUCGGUGGAGCUGGCCAUGAUGUUACGGUUCCUGGUGGCUGCCCUCUUCCCAGCUGUGAUCCUGGCCGCGCCGCCCCCCAUUAACAAACUGGCCCUUUUCCCGGACAAGAGCGCGUGGUGCGAGGCGAAGAACAUCACCCAGAUUGUGGGGCACAGCGGCUGCGAGUCUAAGUCCAUCCAGAACAGGGCCUGCUUGGGACAGUGCUUCAGCUACAGCGUCCCCAACACCUUCCCUCAGUCUACAGAAUCCCUGGUGCACUGUGACUCCUGCAUGCCUGCACAAUCCAUGUGGGAAAUCGUGACGCUGGAUUGCCCGGGCAACGCCGAGAUCCCCCGAGUCGACAAGCUGGUGGAGAAGAUCCUCCGCUGCAGCUGCCAGGCCUGCGGGAAGGAGCCGAGCCACGAGGGGGCGCUGUUCAACGUCUACCUGAACGCAGAGGAGAACCUGCCCGCCGAGGGCCCCAGCCCCCAUCACUACGCCCACCACCAGCAGGAGGCGGAAGAGGCUCCCGUCUCCAACCGCCACCGCGAGGAGGAGGGGGGCGAGGAGUGACCCACGCCCUCCAGGACUGUCCGUCCUUCCAGCCUGCAGUGCAGACCGGGGGUGGUGCACGGGGGAGGGGGUGGGGCUGCGGGGUGUCUUACCUGUCUACUAACUACCCAUCAUGCUUUGCUCUUAGCGGCGCUGUGGGGUGGGCAAGAACGUCCGAGGUGCAGACGGGGCUUGGGCUGACACCUGGGGAUGGGAGCGUGGGGGAUCUGAGCAAAUCUACUUGCACAUCAUAGUGAUAAUAUAUUGUCCGGGGGCGGGAGGUUAGGAGAGGGGCAGGACGGGACCCCUCGGGGGCGGAGGGUGGCACAGGCUGGCUCUGCAGGGUUUGGAACCGGGCUUUGGAGCCUCUUCUGCCUUCUCUUCCUUUUCCUCUGUAGUUUUAAUGGACUCUCGCUGGGGGACCAGCCUCUCUCUGCUCUCCUGGGAUGACCGUGAGGGUGAGCUAUCUCCCGCAUCCUCCUGGGAGUGGGGCAUCCCCCCAGCCUCCUGGGGGUGUAGGGCUGGGGUGCGCUGCCUCUCUGUUGCCCCUAGGGGUGGGUGGUUUAGGGAGACUCCAACACUGAGGCCUUGGCUAGGGGAUAGGAAGAUCUUUCGUUCUCCAUACCCAGAGGAACUCACUGAUUGAAACUGCACCCAGCUCUGGGUUCAGGCAGGUCUUGGUUCUCGCUUUGCCCCGAAUGUGACUCCGGCAGGGAAAUGGGGGAGCCUAAGUAGGGUUUUAUCCCCAGUGCUGGUUAUCCGCAGGACGGAGAUGGUGUGUGCCGGGUGCUGAGGGUGGGAGAAGAUGCAUGUGCAUGCUGGGGUCUGGGACAGGAAUGACACGGUGGCCUAUGGGGGGCCGGGAGGGCUGGUGGAAGGGAGUGGAGGGUCUAGGGACUCUGCAUUUCUCCAGCACUCCCAUGCUCUGUAUUCUUUGGCUCCUAUUGGUCUUGCCCCAGAAAACAGGGUGUUUGCACCUGCUCAUGUCCCUGGGUUUAUUGAUGGACCCUGGCGCUCCCUCCUAUCCCUCAUCCUCUGGGGUGGGUCAAGGAGAAGCAGCGCAAGGGGCAGGAAGGACUCUCCUUGCUCGCUGCCUAGUCCGAGUCCACUGCAAACCCGGUGUGCACCCAGCUGAGAAGGAAGAGCUCCCUUGGGGGAAGGCAGGGCCUGCUGGGGA